AUGUCGCACCAUGAAUACGCCACUAAUGAGGAUGUAUUUCAUUGGUUGCGUCUGCGCCAGAGAAAGCUGAAAGUUGCUGAGCUGAGAGCUCCAGGCACCGUAGGUGUGAACCAACAGGCGGCAUCUCUUCGGAUUCAUUGGUGGUUUGCGGCUGAGCAUGGAAGUCUUCAAAAACGGUGAGCGGUAGAGCCUACAUCGAUAAUGCAAGUCUUAUGCAUAAAACAAUUCAAUUUGCAGUUACAAUACAUAUGCAGUUUUGCUAAGUCGUAGGCUACUGCCUAGGUGUUAUGGGUGGUCCUCUGUAGCUCAGCUGGUAGAGCACGGCGCUUGUAACGCCAGGGUAGUGGGUUCGAUCACCGGGAUCACCCAUACACAAAAAAAUGUAUGCACGCAUGACUGUAAAUCGCUUUGGAUAAAAGCGUCUGCUAAAUGGCAUAUUAUUAUUAGUGUACUGACUGGUGUUGUUGGUUCAAUCUUGUUUCAAUUUGGAAACGUGGAAAUGGAACUAACAAAUUGAAUCAAUUUUCAGCUGUCAAUCAGUGGAGGCUGGUGGGGGGAGCUAUAGGAGGACGGGUUCUGGCUGGAAUUGAAUUUUUGCAAUGGAGCCAAACAUGUGGUUUCCAUAUGUUUGAUACUGUUUCAUUUAUUCCAUUCCAGCCAUUACAAUGAGCCUGUCCUCCUAUAGCUCCUCCCACCAGCCUCCACUGCUGUUAAUCACUUAGAAGGAUUAAUUAAUUUAAUUAAUUUUGUUGGAUAGCUUUAUAUCAAAUCCAAAGAUAUUCGAGAAACUAGUUUCUUGUUGUUUUUCUUUAGUCAAAUUAACUCAACUAGAUCCAAGAGGGAGCUUAAAUAUGACAUAUAAUGACCCGGUGUAGCUCAGUUGGUAGAGCAUGGCGCUUGCAAUGCCAGGGUUGUGGGUUUGAUUCCCACGGGGGGCCAGUAUGAAAAAAAAAAUGUAUGCACUCACUAACUGUAAAUCGCUCUGGAUAAGAGCGUCUGCUAAAUGACUAAAAUGUAAAUGUAUAAAUGCCUCAUGAGCUUAGCUCAACUGUAGUACCCCGUCAGAACCCAAAAGCUUGUUUUACUCUGUAUGUAAACAAACACUGUAUAUCCUUAAUGCAUGCUUACAACAAUAAUUUAGAUAUCAUGGAUGGUCAGUCCUUGAUUGUUUUUAUUUUCUUUAACCUCCAAGUUCCUUUCAAUUCCUGACUCUACAGGGAUUUCUACAUCCUGUGAGUGACUGUCUUGUUCAGUCCUGAUCAAGAUAUUCCUGAUAACAUGUGAACAUGACACAUUGCCUGUGAUAAGGGUCUUUGGGAGGAAGGAGUACACUAGUGGUCUGUGGGAGGAACCGCUUCCUCUUAUCUUCCUUCCAUUGUGAAACAACCCUACUUCCGUCAGUAUUUUUUUCUAUUUGUAUUUUGUCUAUUUUCGGUUUGGUAGAUAAUGAGUUGACAGAGUGUGAGUUGGUCAGAAGUAGGGUUGACCAACCCACUAAGAGCUCCUGAUAAUUCUCUAUCCUAGGAACUGGAAGACAUGACUGGGACGAUGCACUAACUACAGUAUAUAACACAAAACAGUGCCUCUGUUCUGCCAAUCCUCUAUUCCUGGUGGGCUCCCCUAUGCUUCUGUCUGUGAUUGGAAAAAUCUAAGACAGACAGGUGUGGCCACGCAGGCUGAAGACCAGGAGGAUGGCAUACAGUGUGGACUUCAAUCUGAGCCCUAUAAUGGAGCAUGAAUUAGAGUAAGUUGCUGUUUACUCUCCUCUCUCUGUUAAUGAUGGGAUUUUAAAGUAGAAUUGAGCUGUGUUUUGUAGCUCAUGUCUGUCCACCGUUGCAUAUUCUAAAGGAGAUACUGCGUUAUUGUGCGUGUGCUUUGUUCCUCGUCGUUAGUUGUAGUUUCACAAACACUCUCUCUGUCUGGUUGGACAUAGUUGGUGUUCUCAUAGAACAGCAUUAGUUUGGAAUUGGUCAAGGUCUAAUCUCAGUUAACCCAGAACUAAAAUCUUGCGUAAUUUGGUCAGAUGCUCAAUUGUGGUACCUUCUUAUGUUUAUGUAGUCUGUCUAUGAGAGAUGAGUCAAGAUCUAAACAUCCCAUUCAAAAGUUCCUUUAUCGCUGUCCAACUAUGGUUGUAAGGGAAGGGAACUCUGCCGCUCUCUAACCAAGGUUGAAUUGAGGAGCAAACUGAAGUGAAGAGAACUUUUGGAGGACAGUGGAAGUUGAUAAAAGGGCUUCUUUAUUGCAGUGACAUUUUUGGAAUUUUUGAUUCUCCCAGACUGUCUAGUUUUUAUUUUGGUGAAUGGUAGUUCUCAAAGAUGAUCUUAUUUAAAAAUAUAUAGUUUCAUUAUUUUUUCUACAUACUUUAUGUGCUUUUAUUCGUUAAAGUGUAUACUGGAAACAUUUUACCGAAAACUAUAAAAAAAAAUAAUAAUACACUUUCUUGUUGUGCCGGCAACAAUUUAGCAGUGGCGGCCCGCCACUACUAAAUUAAUAUAGGGGAAACACUAUUACUGUGUUUAUGGUUAUCAAGUAGCAUAUGUAUAUGCUCAUUAUUGUACAUAGUGGUAUUCUGCAGUGAGCCUGCAUGUUACGGGUACUCUAGUUUUAAUGGUCUUUGCACUUGUUUUUGUUAUUGAAGCCUGCAGUGCUAUUUGUCCUCUGGUCAGUUUCUCUCUUUUGGAUAUGUUCCAGUGACCACAGUUGCCUUGGGAACAUUGGAAGCCUUUUGUUUGAUUAAUCAUUGCCCUGAGAAUUGGAAAACAUAACACCGACGAACACUAGCUAUUUUUUUUCUUCAAUCGUUGCAUAAUUCAUAUUGAAUGGGUUUUAUAUGUAGAUAAAACCAAGAAUAACACUGCUGUGUGUGUGUGCAUUUGUUUACACAUUUACAAGUAUCUGUCCAUUCAUCCGUCCAGCCGUCUGUGGAUGCAUGCACGUGUACCACAGCCCUCGGUCUGGUAUAACCCUCUUCUAUCCCAUUGCUCAACGUUCACCAGGAGUCUUAGGGGUGAUGAUACGGCCCAGGACUCCAUGUGCCAGCUCAUCAGGGUGACUGCAGCAGGUCUGGAGAGUGGUAAUGGCAGUCCUGAAAACCUGGAAAUGGAAGGCAGAGGUACUUCUAUAUGUGGUUGUAUCCCAAAUGGCACCCUAUUCCCUAUGGGCCCUGGUCAAAAGUAGUGCACUAUGUAGGGAAUCGGUUGCCUUUUUAGGACGCAACCAGUAUCCUUUGUUACAAGUGGAAUGUUGUCCAGUGAACUGAUAUGCUCAAUGAGGUGAGGACUGAUAUCUUCUAACUCCCUCUGAUGACCGCUACAUCCAUAACAGUAUUAGCCUGGUCCUAUACUGUGCUGUAGCCAUCUUGUCUUUAUCGUUUCCAUGCCUACAUGUAUGACAAAGAAGAUAAUACACAGAGGAGUUGGCUAAAGCACAAACAGACUGGUCGUGUUCAUUAGGCACCAAAUGUAACACAACUGACUGAAACAAGGAGGGGCUACCUGGAUUUGUUCAAUAAGAAAUGUUUGCAGUUUAAACAUUUUAAAGCAUUUUCCGUUGCUUGCCCUAAUGAGCACGACCAAGGCCAGUGCAGUGCGUCUUACUGAAUAGAUUUUAUCAUCUAAUUAAUCAUAUUCAAUCAUAUGUUCCCCACAGAUCGGCUGGCCUACCAGAUGAGUGAUGUCAAAGAGCGGGCAGAUGAGAACAGGCUGCAGAGCAGUGAGGAGUCCAUGCAGACCAACCUUCUGGUCAGGAACCGCUGGUCUACCACCACCCUGAGGUUGCUGUCCUCCAUGCCCAGUCGCAGUGUCGGUGAGACCAUCCUUUCGGUCACAGGCCAGUUUAAGGGGAAACCUCAGGGUUGUGUUUAUUAGACACAGAAGGGAAGAAAACUGCUUGAAACGGUGAGGUACUACCUGAAUUUGUCCAAUAAGAAAUGCUUGUUUUUGUUUUCCGUUGCAAAUGGUUUUGCUACGUUGUGCUCUAAUGAACAAGACCCAGGCCAAAGGUUUUUGUGGGACUUGUAGAGAGACUAUAUGGGAAAGGAAAGGGAAAGGGGGAUACAUAGUCAGUUGUACAACUGAAUGCAUUCAACUGAAAUGUGUCUUCCACAUUUAACCCAACCCCUCUGAAUCAGGGUGAUAUUUUAAGAGCGUACAAAAGUAUUGCAGUUCCUCUUAUAUCUGCCUUGUUACCCGUGUGGCUCAGGUUUGUGUGUUCGAUUCCCAUGGGGGACCAGUAUGAAAAAAGUAUGAAAAUGUAUGCACUCACAACUGUAAGUUGCUCUGGAUAAGAGUGCCUGCUAAAUGUAACCACACCACACACAUUUUAAAUAUGUACAAUGGUUCUGAAAAAUACAUCUAUUGGGGGUAUAAUCCAAUGGUCUUGUUUUAAUACUAGCAAUGUUUUUAGGCUCGUCAAAAUGGGGGGCCUAAGUAAGUACAUUAAUAAGUCAUUAGAUUAGUUAUAUUCUGCUGUUUGCUUUGGCUGAGGUUUCCUGUCUCUUGUCUUACUGCGCCACAAGUUUCAGAUAACUACUGGAGGAGAAUAUGGCCUCCGCAAAAACCACUGACCUUACAAGUUGUUGACGUUUGAAUAAGCUGCUGGGGUGUAUUCAUUAGAGCACACCGAAGCAAAACGUUGUACAACAGAAUACUUAUUGGACAAGUUCAGGUUAGUACCUCCCUGUUUCGGCCGUUUGCUUCCGUUUGGUUCCUAGUGAAUAUACUCCGGUAGUAAAUGUAAUCUUCCUCCUUUUAAACCUCAGGAAAUGGUCUCUCCUCACACAGGGCAGCAGAGUCGUCUUGAAAUCAUCUCCCAGUGCAACAUCCGUUCUACUCAGCUGCGCAGGUACCACCGCCAGACCCAAGACGUUUCCCUCUCCUCCAGACCUAGUAUCCGUGGCUAUGGGAUCGAGGCAGACUCUGAGGAUGUCUGUGAGGAAGGUGAGUGCCAUCCCCAAACCCACUUCACCAUCCACCCCUGAAGGCAUCCUCACUACAGACACAGGACAAUGUGUAUGGCAUUUGAAACCUUAGAUCUUAGAUCUUUUUACCAAUGCUGUCUGAGUUGAGCCCCUCUUGUUCAACCAUUGAAUAGAGUGAACAUUCUCUCUCUGUCUCUCCACUGGGAGUCAGUGUCUGUUUUGUGUGCUCUGCUGAGAUGGGCAGUACCAACAAGAAUGACUCCGGUGUUAAAGAUAUCAAGGUUUGGUUACAAAAUGCUACACUGAACAAAAAUAUAAAUGCAACAAAUUCAAAGAUUUUACUGAGUUACAGUUCAUAUAAAGAAGUCAGUCAAUUGAAAUAUAUUCAUUAGGCCCUAAUCUAUGGAUUUCACAUGACUGGGAAUCACAGUAGGUUGGUUGCACCUUUAAUUGGGGAGGACGGGCUCGUGGUAUCGGCGGAGAGGAAUAAGUGGAAUUGUAUCAAACACAUGGUUUCCAUGUGUUUGAUGCCAUUUAAUUUUCUCAGUUCCAUCCACUAUUAUGAGCCGUCCUCCCCUCAGCAGCCUCCACUGCUGGUAAUACAGAUAUGCAUUUGUUGGUCACAGAUACCUUUAAAAAAAGGUAGGGGUGUGGAUCAGAAAACCAGUCAGUAUCUGGUCUGACCACCAUUUGCCUCAUGCAAGGCGACACAUCUCCUUCGCAUAGAGUUGAUCAGGCUGUUGAUUGUGGAAUGUUGUCCCACUCUUCAAUGGCUGUGCGAAGUUGCUGGAUAUUGGCGGGAACUGGACCACUGUCGAUCCAGAGCAUUCCAAACAUGCUCAAUGGGUGACAUGUCUAGUGAGUAUGCAGGCCAUGGAAGAACUGGGACAUUUUCAGCUUCCAGGAAUUGUGUACAGAUCCUUGCGACAUGGUGCUGUGCAUUAUCAUGCUGAAACAUGAGGUGAUGGUGGUGGAUGAAUGGCAUGACAAUGGGCCUCAGAAUCUCGUCACGGUAUCUCUGUGCAUUCAAAUUUCCAUCGAUAAAAUGCAAUUGUGUUCGUUGUCCAUAGCUUAUGUCUGCCCAUACCAUAGCCCCACCGCCACCAUGGGGCACUCUUUUCACAACGUUGACAUCAGCAAACCGCUUGCCCACAUAUCUGCCAUCUGCCUGGUACAGUUGAAACUGGGAUACAUCCGUGAAGAGCACACUUCUCCAGUAUGCCAGUGGCCAUCGAAGGUGAGCGUUUGCCCACUGAAGUCGGUUACGAUGCCAAACUGCAGUCAGGUCAAGACCCUGGUGAGGACAACGAGCACGCAGAUGAGCUUCCCUGAGACUGUUUCUGACAGUUUGUGCAGAAAUUCUUCGGUUGUGCAAACCCACUGUUUCAUCAGCUGUCUGCGUGGCUGGUCUCAGACGAUCCCACAGAUGAAGAAGUCGGAUGUGGAGGUCCUGGGCUGGCGUGGUCUGUGGUUGAGGCCGGUUGGACGUACUGCCAAAUUCUCUAAAACAACGUUGGAGGCGGCUUAUGGUAGAGACAUUUACAUUAAAUUAUCUGGCAACAGCUCUGGUGGACAGUCCUGCAGUCAGCAUGCCAAUUGCAUGCUCCCUCAACUUGACAUCUGUGGCAUUGUGUUGUGUGACAAAACUGCACAUUUUAGUGCUAUGAAAAAGUAUUUGCCCCCUUUCUAAUUUUCUCUACUUUUGCAUAUUUGUGAUACUGAAUGUUAUCAGAUCUUCAACCAAAACCUAAUAUUAGAUAAAGGGAACAUAAGUGAACAAAUAAAACAACAAUUACAUAUUUAUUUCAUAAACAAAGUUAUGCAACACCCAAUUCCCCUGUGUGAAAAAAUAAUUGCCCCCUUACACUCAAUAACUGGUUGUGCCACCUUUAGCUGCAAUGACUCCAACCAAAUGCUUCCUGUAGUUGUUGAUCAGUCUCCCACGUCGCUGUAGAGGAAUUUUGGCCCACUCUUCCAUGCAGAACUGCUUUAACUCAGUGACGGGUGGGUUUUCAAGCAUGAACAGCUCGUUUCAAGUCCUGCCACAACAUCUCUAUUGGGAUUAGGUCUGGACUUUGACUAGGCCAUUCCAAAACUUCCAAUUUGUUGCUUUUUUAGCAAUUUUCAUGUAGACUUGAUUGUGUGUUUUGGAUCAUUGUCUUGCUGCAUGACCCAGCUGUGCUUCAGCUUCAGCUCACAGACGGAUGGUCUGACAUUCUCCUGUAGAAUUCUCUGAUACAGAGCAGAAUUCAUGGUUCCUUCUAUUAAGGCAAGUCGUCCAGGUCCUGAGGCAGCAAAGCAUCCCCAAACCAUCACACCACCACCACCAUGCUUGACCUUUGGUAUGAUGUUCUUACUGUGGAAUGCAGAGUUUGGUUUUCGCCAGGCAUUACUGUAACCAUGUCGUCCAAAAAGUUACACUUUUGAAUCAUCUGUCCAUAGAACGUUCUUCCAAGAGUCUUGUUGAUCAUCCAGGUGCUUUUUGGCAAACUUGAGUCAACUUUUUGGACGAGAUGGGUCCCAUUAUGCCUGGGGAAAACCAAAAUCUGCAUUCCACAGUAAGAACAUCAUACCAAAGGUCAAGCAUGGUGGUGGUGGUGUGAUGGUUUGGGGAUGCUUUGCUGCCUCAGGACCUGGACGACUUGCCUUAAUAGAAGGAACCAUGAAUUCUGCUCUGUAUCAGAGAAUUCUACAGGAGAAUGUCAGACCAUCUGUCUGUGAGCUGAAGCUGAAGCGCAAGACAAUGAUCCAAAACACACAAUCAAGUCUACAUGAAAAUUGCUAAAAAGCAACAAAUUGGAAGUUUUGGAAUGGCCUAGUCAACGUCCAGACCUAAUCCCAAUUGAGAUGUUGUGGCAGGACUUGAAACGAGCAGUUCAUGUUUGAAAACCCACAUGUCACUGAGUUAAAGCAGUUCUGCAUGGAAGAGUGGGCCAAAAUUCCUCCACAGCGACAUGAGAGACUGAUCAACAACUACAGGAAGCAUUUGGUUGGAGUCAUUGCAGCUAAAGGUGGCACAACCAGUUAUUGAGUGUAAGGGGGCAAUUACUUUUUCACACAGGGGAAUUGGGUGUUGCAUAACUUUGUUUAUGAAAUAAAUAUGUAAUUGUUGUGUUAUUUGUUCACUUAUGUUCCCUUUAUCUAAUAUUAGGUUUUGGUUGAAGAUCUGAUAACAUUCAGUAUCACAAAUAUGCAAAAUUAGAGAAAAUUAGAAAGGGGGCAAAUACUUUUCAUAGCACUGUAUAUUUUUGUUCAGUGUAAUAUUAGCAGUUGGUGGCAGUGGCAAGUUUAACAACCAAAGCGUUGAUUGCCAUCUCUUCUUGUCCAAUGUCCAUAGACUGCAUUCAAGGUAAUGAAGCAAAUAAGUACAUUUGUCAUUUGGGCAAACUACGGUGUAACUUCAAUUAAAAGCAGGGUCUCAAAUAGCCAUCUGUCCCUUUUUUUAAUAGCAAGGCAAAUACAAGCCUGUCUCUAAAAAGCGCCGGUUGUGUUCAGUGAUUGAAGCAAAUAAACACCCGGGCUAUUAAUUGAAGUUUUACGGUAUCCUUUUAACUUUGAGUGUGGAUUACAGAGACCAAGAGACAGGAGCUGGUCAACAAUCUUCAGAGUCUGUCGGCCGGUGACCGUGUGCGUAUGCUGCGUGCCAUGCCCCUCAGUCUGGCAGAGAAGACUCAACUCAGGUGUGUGUGCCAUAUUCUCUUCAUUGUUUGGAAUUGACUAUCUUCAUUGUUCCAGGAUACCAUUUUCUUUACAUGAUGCCAAUGUAAAAUUUGACAAUAAACAAAUUACACAAAAGCUACUUAAUCCCUUCUCUCUCUCUCAUUGUUGAAUCGUCAAAGACCCCUUUUACAGUCAACAUCUCUCCUUAGGAAACUUGCAUUCAGUGACAAAGUUGGACAGUCCCUCUUGAGCAGCCAGGUUCCCUGCAGUAGCCUCCUUAAGCGAGUGAGUAUAACCAAGCUAUCACUAGCAUAAAACAUGCUGUUGGCAAUUUCAUGGCUACCAUUGAUGUCAAAUCUGAGGAAAGUGCUCCAAGCCUGACGUUAAUCUCUGCACAGAGAUUUUAGGCAUGAAAGUAACUGUCUGUCUCCCUGUCCACAGGCUUUGUAUCACGUCUUGUUCAGCGGUCUCUUCAUCCUAAGUUCCCUGCAGUUGUGGAAGGUGGCUCUGAAGAGGCUGGGUGGCCGCUUCGGCACUGGUGUGCUCUCCUACUUCCUCUUCCUCAGGACUCUUCUGCUCUUCAACGUCUUCCUCUUCCUCAUCAACGGCCUGUUCCUGGUCCUCCCCCAGGCCAUCCACCCGCCCCUUCACACCCCCAGCUCCCACAGAGUCACAGGCCUGGAGCUGUUCACUGGCACGGUAAGAUGAGGGUUAUGAUUGGUGGAUUAUGUUUAUCCACAAGUUUUGCCUUUGUGAUUCACUCUAAAGCUGAGUUUACACUCCACCGAUUGUCCUAGCAAAAUGUCACCGAUGAUUGUGUUAAGUUACAGUUUCUGUCAUGCACCAAAGUCUCUGUGCUGUGCGCGGUGAAGUCACAAUGUGGUUGUUGUGCCUCUACUGAGUACACCUAGUGGAAUGUAAAUCCAGCCUACGCCAAUAAAACCACUGCUGCUGACAUACCUAGCUAAGUCACAACACAAUGCCCACCCAUACAAAUGUAAAGCACCUGCAAAAGCACUUCUAUGUCAAAACACUACAUCAGUGUUGUCAGUCUGUUUCUAAAACCACACCACCUCUCUUCCCUCUCAGGGUUAUCUCUCGAACUCUCUAAUGUUUUAUGGCUACUACACCAACUCCACCAUCAACAUCAGUUGUAGACCUGAUGAAGCCACCACCGGGACUGUCUGCGGCACCACCAGUGACCCUCAGAUGAUGGCCUACAACAUUCCCUUAGCCUACUUGUUCACCAUCGGCAUAUCAUUCUUUAUCACCGGCAUCGUCCUCGUCUACAGGUUUAACGACCGCCUCAAACCUUUUGAAGUGCUGAUAUAGGAUCAGUUUAGCGUUUUUAGGCUGCGUUCACACAGGCAGUCCAAUUCUGAUCUUUUGCCCAAUUAUUGGCAAAAUAUCUGAUCUGAUUGGUCAAAAGACCAAUUACUGGCAAAAUAUCAGAAUUGGGCUGCCUGUGUAAACACAGCCAUUGAUCAUAAUGUGAGUACUACCCUGAUCUAUUAAUUUGGAAUAUCUUUGUUAGCCUGGUCCCAGAUCUGUUUGUGCUCUAUAACCAACUGCUAUGGUCCGUGUUGGGUGUGACAAUGCCCCAAGAGUUAGCAGUACAGAUCUGUGACUAGGCUUUGUCUUUGUUGGUCUUUCAUGGGAAUAAUUAAAUGUUUUCAUUGUGCUCGUCUCAUCAUAGCACGUCCAAGUCCUUUGGGAGGAGUUUCCGUGUGUUCAAGUCUCAGGGAAACUUGGCCAUAAAGGUCUUCUGCUCCUGGGAUUUCAAAGUCAGCAAGAAGACAUCUGUCAGGCUGCAGUCGGAAAACAUCAGCACCCAGCUCAAGGUACAGUACUUCAGACCAGGGUCAUGUUCAUUAGGACUCACAAUGGAAAAUGUUUUCUAACCGAAAACUAAAAUGAGCAUUUCUGAUUGGACAAAUCCAGGUAGUGCCUCCCUGUUUCAGCCCGUUUCUUCUGUUUUGUGCCUAAUGAACACGACCCAGGGGUUUCCAACUCCAGUCCUGGAGAGCUAAUGUUACUGGGUGUGCAGGUUUUUUCUCCAGCCCAUCACUAAUGCACCUUAUUCAGCCAAAUAUGGUCCAUGAAGACCGUGAUUAUUUAUUUUAGGUGUGAUGAACAUGAUUAUUUGUUUCUUAAGUGUGAUGAACCACGAUUGUUUUGCUGAUAAUUUGAAUCAGGUGUGUUAGUGAUUGGCAGGAGCAAAAGCCUGCACACCCCAUUAGCUCUCCCUGCUGUAGACUGUGACGAACGAAAUAGAGGCCUGAUCAAGCUCAUGUUCUAUGCACACAGUCAGUCAGAUACUGAAAGGCCACUCACAGUCAGAUACUGAAGGCCACUCACAGUCAGAUACUGAAGGCCACUCAGUCAGAUACUGAAGGCCACUCCAGUCAGAUACUGAAGGCCACUCAGUCAGAUACUGAAGGCCACUCAGUCAGAUACUGAAGGCCACUCAGUCAGAUACUGAAGGCCACUCAGUCAGAUACUGAAGGCCACUCAGUCAGAUACUGAAGGCCACUCAGUCAGAUACUGAAGGCCACUCAGUCAGAUACUGAAGGCCACUCAGUCAGAUACUGAAAGGCCACUCAGUCAGAUACUGAAAGGCCACUCAGUCAGAUACUGAAAGGCCACUCAGUCAGAUACUGAAGGCCACUCAGUCAGAUACUGAAGGCCACUCACAGUCAGAUACUGAAGGCCACUCACAGUCCGUCAAUUUGCGACUGAUAGAUCUGCAUAUCUACAGUAUCUAAAAGCCAUAACUGUUCUAGCAGGAAUGCACACAGGAUGUAGGUCUAGGUGGGUGUGGUGUAGCAUGCCUAUAAGAAGCUACAUUCUGCAGGCCCAGUAUCAACGGAAAAUAAACAAGAAUAUGCAAUCAUUUUAAGAUAUGGAAAUGAGACUAGGUUAGCUACAAGGAACUACAUUAUGACGCAGAUGAAAAUACUGACUGAAAGUUAUUUUUGAGUGUUGUAGUUUCGCUGACUCUACAUUCACAAACACUGCUUGGCCAAGGAUGAAAAUUAGAUGAGUUGUCGGUUAUUGUGUACUGUCCCUGUUAAAUAAAUACAGACUGUUGUCUCUUUGUUCUUGCCAGGAGCUGUUCUCGGAGGUGAACUGCAGAGAGGAGGAGAAGGGCAGGCUGGCUGGGAUGGCGGUGCACCUGCUAGCAUGGAGCAUGUGUCUGGGGAGCACGUUCUGCUGUGUCCUCGGCAUCCACUGCUUUGCCAAGUACAUGCACCUGGUUAGUGUGCGUGUGUGUGUGCGCAUGCGUGUGUGCGUGUGUGUGUGGUGUUGGGGGGGGGGGGGGGAGACUCUUGUCACACCACAGAGCUCUAUGCAAAUCCAGCCGCAGCUAAACUGUUACACCCUUUUCACACUGCCGUGCCAAGCGGAGCUGUACAGCACUGGCCUGGUUAGGCAUCCUCUAUAGCUGCUGGUACGGUUCAGGUUUGCACAAUAGGGGUGUUACUGCCAGAGUUCAAGCAGGGCUUGGGUAGUUUUUUGUGGCUGCUCUCUCUAAGGUAGAUGAGCCUUCACCAAGGAGAGAGAGCUUACUCUGUCACUGUCCCCAUGACCCACUGCUGCUGUCACACCAGCCCAUUAGCUACCUUCCAAUGUUCAUACUAGCAUACCACAUAGAGUGCACUGCCCAAUACUGUACACAACUUCCUUCUAAGUUGUAAAUUAGUGGGUGGUAUUGGCAAUACUUAACUUCCUUCUUAGUAGUAAGUUAUUGUGUGGAUAUUGGCAAUCCAUAACUUCCUUCUAAGUAGUACAUUAGUGGGUGGAUAUUGGCAAUACUUAACUUCCUUAUUAGUAGUAAGUUAUUGUGUGGAUAUUGGAAGAGAGACAUCACCACUUUACUUUCAAGUAUUGCCACAGUUGUUUUGGGGGUAGCUUUUCUCAGAGCUUAUCUCUGAGAAUCAGACAAAGUGUUUUGUUGUUGCAGAAUUAGACUUUGUGGAGUCAACAGAGGAAAUCACAUUGUGAAAUCAGAAAACAGCUUAAGACAUGUUGUUGCCUGCAAAACAAGACAGGGAGAUGUCUCGGGGGCCUACUCGAAGGGAAUGAAACAUUCUCAAUGUUAGAGUAGGUCAGAGAAGCCUGGUUCCAGAUCUGUGGUGUAUAGCCCACUACUAUGGUCGUUGUCAUUCCAAAUAGCGACGUAGAGCCUUGCUUGUUCUUACCAUAAUCUGUCUGUACUGCAGUGUUUCUAUAGCCUGGUCACAGAUCUGUUUGUUCUGUAUAGCAAACUCCUAUGGUUGUACGUUUGACAAUGACCGUAGGAGUUGAGAAGACCUAUCUGCGACCACUGCCCACCAAACUAAUAUUUUAUAGCAACAAUGUUCUGAACAUAGUGUCCAAAUGAUAAAGCUUCCAACACCCCUGGUCUCUUCUGUAGGCCUUUGCAACAAUCCUGAUAUUUUGUUACUCUCUCUCUCCUGUUGACAAGACAGUCCAUUGUUUAAUCUAUCUUUCCUUCAGUAUGACCAGAGGAGACUUGAGGAUGCAAAGGGAGAGGUCAGUUUGGUGGAUGAGGCUCGUCUGCUGGCCCUGCCUGGGGUUGUGUCCUGUGGGAACCUGCUCCUCCCUGGUCUCUUCAACCUCGUGUCUUGGAUGGAGAACUACAACUCGCCCAUUAUACGUCUCUAUGUUGCCAUCUUCAGGUAAAUACUGGAACAACAACUAGUCAGAGCUGUUAAAUGUUUGUGCACAUGUUAGUACAUUAAUUUUUGCCAAAUUCUGGUAACUUUCCCAAAAUUCCAAUAUUUUUCCCAGAAAUCCUGGUUGGAGGAUUCUGUAUUUCCUGCUUAUCCCCUCCUGAUUCUGGGAAUCUUCCAACUGGGAUUUCUGGGAAACCAGCACAUUUUGGGGAAAAUGACAGAAAUGUACAACCCUAGUUGUCCAUCAAAUUACUUAGGUGAAUUAUCUUACCAAAAGCUAACGUCACAAUCCAAUAUGAAUGGAAAUAUGGAAAUUGCAUGUUGCUUAGCCUAUAUUUACCAUUCAUUUAAAUAAUAAUAAAUAAUAAUAAUAUGCCAUUUAGCAGACGCUUUAAUCCAAAGCGAUUUACAGUCAUGUGUGCAUACAUUUUUACGUAUGGGUGGUCCCGGGGAUCGAACCCACUACCCUGGCGUUACAAGCGCUGUGCUCUACCAAUUGAGCUACAGAGGACCACCAUUUUGGAUUGUGACAUUUAAUUUGGGAUUGAAGCAUACAGCUAGCUCUACACAACCUAUUGUGUGGGAUGUGGACUAAUCUUGACAUUAGACUACAGAAAAACAUCUGACAAGGUUUGAUUUUUGGAGUGUACUGUCCCUUUAAUUCAACAGCAUGACUGACAAGCAACACAAAUACAAGUAUAGUCAGAACACGUGCUAAGGAGGUUCAAAUGUAUGCAUCUCUCCCCAGUGACAUUUCCAUGUAAUCAAGUAGCACAGAGAACAUUGUCAGCACUUACAUUGACAGAAAGCCAGUCCAACAAGUGCCUGUAUCAGUACAUGGUGCACAGUUGAAACCAAGGGGAGGUCGUCUGAAUGUCACUGGUCCAAGACAAAGGGAUGGGGCCCUUCACAAAAGUAUACUAUACUAAAGAUACCAUAAAAAUACCAUAAAACCUCAGAGUAACAUAUAUUUUAGAUGCUCCUAUCAAAGUGGUUAACAGAAGCCCAAUAAGUGUGUGCAAUAAAGCUCCUCAACCCACGGACAAAGUGGUACAGCAGGGUCAUGUUCAUUAGGCAUCAAACUGAAGAAAAUGAACUGAAACAGAGAGCGACUACCUGGGCUUGUCCAAUUAGAAACGGUCAUAUUCGCUGUCCGUUGCUGAAUGUUUUUAAAAAGCGUGCCUUAACGAACUCAACCCAACUCCACCCAACAAAUGUUCAUUCCUCUCUAACCAGUAUCUGGAGCCAUGUAUCAAGCUUCUCAAAGUAGAGGUGCUGAUCUAGGAUCUGAUCCACCCUGUAAAUGUAAUCUUAUUAUUUGUGCUCUAAAAACCUAAACCAGGGGUACUCAACUACUAUUUGAGAAGGUCCAGUCACACAUUUACUAGGUGGCAAAGAUCCGGAUGGAUAUUGUCAUUUAUCGCCGUAGUAACAAACCCCCAUCUCACAACGCGAAAAUGCAACCCCGAACUGUUCACCCCUCUCUUGUUGGCAGAGAGAACAUUUUGCCGUUUUUAAAACUAAUUUCCUGCAAUUCUACAUGUCUAAUGUGUGUUCAUUUGAUACCUGAGUGACUCAACAAAAUCAAUGGGGGGGGGCCCUGGGCACGUAAUCCAGCCAUGAUAACUACAAGAUUUAGAUAGGCUAACCAGCUAUCUAGCUGACAUGGGCUAGUAGUUUAACAAUUUGACAUUUCUGUCAGUUGUUAAAUAGAUGUAGGUCUGUCGGUGAAUGACGAGGAAAAACUACCCAUGCACUUACACAUAUCGAAAUUGCACCUUGUGCAUUCUAUUAUUAUUGAGAGCUGAUACAGACCCGCAGUCUGUAUUGACCCCGUUCUGGGUCCGGAUCAUGGUCCUCCAGUUGAGUAUGGCUGGGCUAAACUGAUCUUAAAUCAGCACUCUUACUCUGAGACACUUGAUACAUACAUCCUGUUUUAUACAGGAACUUACUGCUGAAGGUGAGCAUUCUUGGAGUACUGUGCUACCAUUGGCUGGGUAAAAUUGCAGCUGAACCAGAGCGACGUGGUCUGCAGGUAAGACACAUGGAACACCUGAUACUUGUCACCAGGCUGUCUGUCACCUUCAAAUUAAGGUCCGUCGUCGUAGUAGUAGUAGUAGUAGUAGUAUUGAAAUUUACGGGGGGGGGGCUGGUCCAACUCAAGGUGUCAUAAAAACGUUACCUAUUUUCACAUGACCUUCCCCUUGUACUGUAAAAUAAGUACACCCUCCCCAUAAUUAAUUCAAAAUAAUGUUUAUGACCACAAAUAACAAUGUGUUUAUAAACAUUGAUAUCGACUUUGCCACUUCAGCAUGCUUUUGUGGCACAGAUGAUGCCAUGCAGGGCUACGGGUCAGAAGGUUGAGGGUUCGCCGGCCACCACGGAGGAGCUUACUUGCCCUGCCUGUUUCAUUACACUACGAUUAGAGCCUGCUGCAGACAUUGAUCAGCUAGGGGGAAAUCAGAUUUUCAACAUUUUGAUGCCAUAUGUAUAAUUAUAUCAAAUAUAUACAACACAUUUUCCACCAACAGGUUUGUAUGCCAAUGCACCACACAACCAAUAAACAAAGCAUACCAACUUCAGGUGCUUCAAUAUCAUGAUUCGUGUUUUCAACACCACAACAAAUAGACUAUGACAAUCUUGACCAACAGGAAGUGCAUCCCUCCCUAUCUUGUAGGCUUACCCAGUAUAGAAGGCUUGGCUUGACAAUCUCUGAAUGUCUAACUUUUUGGUGUUUUGUAAAAGAUGUCUCUUCUCAAAUGGCCGCUGCACAGUUUGGAUUGAUUGAUUUUAUUUGUCAGUAAAAAAAAAAAUAAUAUAUAUAUAUAUAUAUAUAUAUACACACACAGUACAAAGAUUUUUAAGUGACCGGUAUUGCACAAUAAAGUCGGUGACUUAUUUCCAUUGUGGUCGAUAUUUUUUACAUAAAUCCAUAUACAAUUACAUAGAUACAGGUACAUUACAGAGAUACAGACAAAAAAAUGCUCGACCUCCAGAUGAGUAUGAGGGGGGAGUUUAAGUACAAUUCUUACAAGCUUGUUUUGGCUGGUCUGUAGCUUAUUCUUUAGAUGUUUGGGGCUGCUGGUGAACCAUGAUGUGCAGGCAUAAUCAAUGUGACAAUGGUCUAGCGCACUUGCCAGAGUCUUCAUGGUGUCUAUAGCUAGGUUUCCAUCCAAUUGGCAACAGAUUUUCAUGUGAAUAUUCUAAAAUCUGCAUCAAAACAAUAUGCGCAUUUUCCCAUCAGAGUUGCGUAUCCAUCAAAUUGACUUUUGCAGUUACAUUCCAAUGUACCAAAUAUUUUUUUUUCAAGUUAAAUGGAUUUCCAUUGCAUUUUCAACUCUAGGCCUACUGAUGGCUUCGUCACAAAAAUGUUGAGUAGGGUACUCUGGUAUUGGCACAUGCGCUGUAGCCAGCAGCUGGCAGAUACAGUGCGGGUAUAGCCUACUACAUGAUGAGAUUUGUCAAACGUCAGCCAAUCAUCAUGUCACCAGAAUAAAACCCUUGAUAUUUAUUGAAAGUAGCAUCAAGCUCAUCACUGUGCACGUUCACCCCCUGUGAAGUUCAUCAUAACUUAUUUCAUCUGUAGCCUAAUAAACUGCAUGCUUUCCCAUGAUGUCGUGACAUUUUUUAUCCAACAUGUACUUUACUCGCAUAGAGAGGUUGGAUGGAAACCUGGUUUAUGUCGAGCCAUUUUGAGGAUGCUGGAAUUAUGUUUUGGACAAAUGUGCGCAGGCCUACAGGAGUUUUGAAGUAGCCUAAUCAGAUUCAAACAUUGACUGGGUGUGUUUAUUCCACAUAUAAAACCUAAUACAUGUUCAAAGUAAAAUUAUAAAUAUUUAGGCUAUAUUGAAGCGUUAGGUUCUACAGUGCAUUUGGAAAGUAUUCGGACCCCUUCCCUUUUUCCAUUACGUUACAGCCUUAUUCUAAGAUGGAUUAAAAAUAAUAAUAAUUCCCUCAUCAAUCUACACACAAUACCCCAUAAUGACAAAGUGAAAACAGGUUUUUGCAAAUCUAUUAAAUAAAAAACAGAUGCCUUAUUUACAUAAGUAUUCAGACCCUUUGCUAUGAGACUCGAAAUUGAGCUCAGGUGCAUCCUGUUUCCAUUGAUCAUCCUUGAUGUUUCUACAACUUGAUUGGAGUCCACCUGUGCUACAUUCAAUUGAUUGGAUAUGAUUUGGAAAGGCACACACCUGUCUAUAUAAGGUCCCACAGUUGACAGUGCAUGUCAGAGCAAAAACCAAAUCAUGAGGUCGAAGGAAUUGUCCGUAGAGCUCCAAGACUGGAUUGUGUCGAGGCAAAGAUCUGGGGAAGGGUACCAAAAAAUGUAUGCAACAUUGAAGGUCCCCAAGAACACAGUGGAACCACCAAACUCUGACAAAGCUCCAGAGUUCCUCUGUGGAGAUGGGGAGAACCUUCCAGAAGGACAACCAUCUCUUCCAGCAUUCCACCAAUCAGGCCUUUAUCGUAGAGUAGCCAGACGGAAGCCACUCCUCAGUAAAAGGCACAUGACAGCCCACUUGGAGUUUGCCAAAAGGCACCUAAAGGACUCAGACCAUGAGAAAUAAGAUUCUCUGGUCUGAUGAAACUAAGAUGAACUCUUUGGCCUGAAUGCCUAGUGUCACGUCUGGCGGAAACCUGGCACCAUCCCUACGGUUAAGCAUGGUGGUGGCAGCAUCAUGCUGUGUUUUUUUUUUUCAGCGGCAGGGACUGGGAGACUAGUCAGGAUUGAGGGAAAGAUGAACGGAGCAAAGUACAAAGAGAUCCUUGAUGAAAACCUGCUCCAGAGCGCUCAGGACCUCAGACUGGGGCGAAGGUUCACCUUCCAACAGGACAACGACCCUAAGCACACAGCCAAGACAACGCAGGAGUGGCUUCGGGACAAGUCUUUGAAUGUCCUUGAGUGGCCCAGCCAGAGCCCGUAAUUGAACCCAAUCGAACAUCUCUGGAGACCUGAAAAUAGCAAUGCAGCAACGCUCUUUUGAGCUGUGUGUCUCAUGUCUUAACUGUUCUUUCAUGCGCAAUGAUGCACCUGGCCUUUCUGCUGCCUAUCAGCUAUUCCUAUUUGUUCUUGUCGAUUCAUAAUAGAAAAUGUAUGCAGCUUUCAAUGCUUUUAUGUGUGGUAUGAUUGCUAGUUAGCCUAUUGCAGAUCUGGACAAACGAUCCAACUAAUUUACUAGUAUUGUCACUAUGAAUGGUGGAUAGAAGGCAGGAUAGUUAGCAUGCAGAAAAGCGUAGUGCAUAAGGGAAGUACCAAAACACCUUGAUAUAGGGGAGGCACAUGCAACCAGAUGAGGACAUUUGGCUAGGUUUGAAUAAAUUAUAUUUUAAAACCUGCAUAAGACCAAAAUGUAAAACAGGGGGGAAAACUCUCUACCCUCCCCUGUGCCCAAUAAAUAAUUUACAAAAAACUUCCCCAAAGCACUUCUUUUUGACAACCCUCCCUUAUUUUGGACCCCCCCCCCCCCCCCCCCCCCCCCCACACACACACACACACACACCUUCCUAAUGUAGGCCUUGCAAGUGAAGCAAUUUUGUUGUCCCACAAAAUGAGUUCCCAUAUCAGAUGACAAUUUGUCUUUUAAUGAGUUCCCACCACAGUUGUUGUAAUUAACUUUUGGCAUUGGUAUCUUGGUCUCUACAGUGCUGGGAGAGCUUUGUUGGUCAGGAGCUGUAUCGAUUCCUGCUCAUGGAUUUCAUAUUCACGGUUCUCUACACGGUCUUCGGAGAAUUUAUUUGGAAGUAAGUAGUGUUUUGUGGUAAUAAUUCCUGUAAGAUGUACUGAUACUCCCCUCUCUGUACCCCCAUGUUGUGGAGAUUUGUUUGUGUAGACCUAUAUUCUACUAAUUUUAUAUUCACUGUGCUCUACUUGCUCUUUGGAGAAUCUGUUUGGAAUUAUUUGAGUGACUGACCAGCUGAGCAUGUUUUGGAGAUGUUUAUAAUUCCUGGGAGAUGUAACUGAUAUUCUAUUUUCAUUUUCACUGUGCUUGACAUGCUCUGGGUAAUUUCUGAGGAAGUCUGUAGUGAAGUUGCUGCUGAACGUGUGUCGUAUAUGAUGAAUGGUGGUCAUUAUUGCUGUCAACAAAAGGAGUCUGCUCAUACUGAACAUUGAUCAUAAGGUUUAUUCAGAUCACAAGCUUCAGCAUGGGUGACAGACUCGCGAGGUCUGGAGAGCAGUGUCCUCCCAUUCUAGGGGCUGCUCUGACGUCUUCCUCCCCUAACCCCCUUAUUUAUAAACAAUGAAACUCCCUCCUCUGGCCAAUCACCAGUCUCCCCUUUAUAUAGCCUUCCAAGAGUUGAAUGGCUCCCUCUACUGUUCAAUCCCCGUAUCUUACACCCCACUUCCUGUCUGUCAUAUGUGACGUCACGCUAAAACCUUCCUUCUUGAUACCAAAAAUCAACCUUCUUUCAGUUCCAUUUAAACAACAUUUAACACCAUCAUAUUGUCAAUACACUACACGUGUUUUGGACAUGUUUGUUUCAUAUUCACUGUGAGAUGUACUGACACUACUAUUUUAAAGUUGACUGUGCUCUACAGUCUUUUUGAAUAAUGGUUCAAGAGUCCAUUACCUUCAUUAGUCAGACAGCUAAACAGUAACCAAUAGGGUUUUUGUAAUAUUUGUAUAUGAUUCUAUUUCUGUUAUUGUCAUAUUUGCAGUCAUUCUGUACAGUAUGUUGAAGUUGUAACUGCCAAAGUGUAUUUGAGAAAUGAAUAAGUAUACAUGUUUUAUAGAAGUUGUGCGUGGCAGACCUGCUGAACAUGUUGUUUAGAAUUCCUGUCAAAUAUACUGAUACUCCACUCUGCCCCCCCCCCCCCCCCCCCAUAGGCUGUUUUCUCAAGGAGUGCUGAGGAGAAGGAGGAAGCCAGUGUUUGAUAUCGCCCGUAACGUACUCGAGCUCAUCUAUGGACAAACCCUCACCUGGUAAACUACCUGUUGGCAUGCCAUGAGUCGUCUCACCUCUUACCUCUGUGACAUUAAUUUUUUUGUCAUGCUGCGUUAGAUGCUGCCGGUGCCGUCAGCCCUGGGUCGUCUCUCUUUCUACUGAUGAUAAUGUUAUUGAGGUUUCUGUGAUUUGUCUCCUUCUCUGUCAUCUUUUCCCGCAGGCUAGGCAUGCUCUUCACCCCUUUACUCCCAGCUGUGCAGAUCAUCAAGCUGUUGUUGUUGUUCCAUAUGAAAAAGGUAGGUAGGUUUUAGCUCAUCUCAGAGCUCCACCAAUGUGACCAUUACACAGUGAAGAUGGACCCCAUCUCAGAGCUCCACUAGUGUGACCAAUACCUGGUGAAGGUAGGCCCCAGCUCAGAGCUCCACUAGUGUGACCAGUACCUGGUGAAGGUAGGCCCCAGCUCAGAGCUCCACUAGUGUGACCAAUACCUGGUGAAGGUAGGCCCCAGCUCAGAGCUCCACUAGUGUGACCAGUACCUGGUGAAGGUAGGCCCCAGCUCAGAGCUCCACUAGUGUGACCAAUACCUGGUGAAGGUAGGCCCCAGCUCAGAGCUCCACUAGUGUGACCAAUACCUGGUGAAGGUAGGCCCCAGCUCAGAGCUCCACUAGUGUGACCAUUUCAGUGACAGUGGUACACUCAUCAAAUGAGGUCAAACAACCAUGUCUAAACCCUGCACUUAUCAUAACCAGAGGCCCAAAAAGUGUUGAAAAACGAUUAGGUAAGUAAAGGUCCGGUCCAGAAACGUAUGGUCCAGAAACGUAUGGUCCCCAACAUGCUCUGUUUGCUUGCCUGCCUUCUCUUGCCUUGCUCACUUCCGUGCGAGCCGCUUCCUUCAAUUGAAAAUUAAUAGAUUUCGUCAUUUUGUCGCCAGCUAUCGCCCUCCAUGGAAGCCUCAGCGGUGUUCGACUAAUCAGUCUCUCUUCUCUUGUUGCUGUUCUCCUCCCUCAGAGCAGUCUACUGAUGAACUGUCUUGUUGCUGUUCUCCUCCCUCAGAGCAGUCUACUGAUGAACUGUCUUGUUGCUGUUCUCCUCCCUCAGAGCAGUCUACUGGUGAACUGUCUUGUUGCUGUUCUCCCUCCCUCAGAGAAGUCUACUGGUGAACUGCCAGGUAUCCAGGAAGCCGUGGAGGGCCAGUCAGAUGAGCACCCUCUUCAUCUCUCUGCUGUGUUUCCCCUCCUUCCUCGGGGCCGCCGUGUCUGUGACCUACACCAUAUGGACGUGAGUCUGUCCAACACACACACACACACACACACACACACACACGAGCUGUGUCUGUGACACACACAAAUAUAUCAAUCUAUACCAAUGUAGGCACACACGUAUGCAUGCACACACCUUUUUCGCUUUUGAGUCUAUAUUGCUCAGAAACAUAUUUUAUUUAUGCUGAAGUGUGAGUACGUUACCAUAGUUCUAAUAGGGAUAUAAUUUCUCAACUGACAUUUUUCAAAAAUGCAACAUCCCUUCAAAAGUACAAGCAUCUGGAAUUGUGCUGGGAAGGGUUAGGGUUACAGAAAAUAUAUUUGAGCCAGAACAGUACGCUUCAGGUUGGCACUGUAGUAUGAAAAGGAUGUUGCGGUCCAAAUGUUGAUUUUUCCACUCUUCCCUUCAACCACCCCCCCCCCCCCCCCCCCCCCCCCCCCCCCCCCCUUCCUAUAGGAUUAAACCGUCCUCUGGCUGUGGUCCUUUCAGGAACCUCCCCUUCAUGUUCCACUCAGGCAAACAGUGGGCCCAGGAGCUGAAGAGUACUAACCCCAAGCUGGCCUGGCUCAACUGGGUACACAGCUGCUUGGUGGAGAACCCCCUCUUCCUGUUCCUGGUGGCAGGUGUCUUUCUGUGAGUCAGCAUCCAACAAGGACAUUCUUUGGACUGCUCUGGAUAUUUCUUGUUGUGUGUGCCGUUUGGCUGACACUUUUUUUUAUGCAAAGCCACUAGCAGUACAGUGUAUGUUUUAACUAUGUUACAUUCGCCUUCCGAUGUGUUCAUGUAAGAGAUAACUGCUGUGUGGUUGGUUGUACCUGACAGUCUUUCCUCUCUUUUUUUCAGAAUGGUCAUUUACGUUCACACCCAAGUUUUAGACGGCCAAAGGAAAAUAAUCAAUCUGCUACAGGAGCAAAUGGAAAAUGUGUGUGUAUACGGAUAGACAUUCUUUUCUGUUUCAUGAAAUAUUCUUACAAAGAUCAUUGUGGUCUGUGUGUUGACGGUUAUUCAUAUAUUCUUUCUCAUCACCAGGAGGGUAAGGACAAGAAGUUCUUGAUUACUAGACUGCAGGCCGUCCAUGAGGAGAAGCAUCUACUGUCCCCUUCCUCCAGGCCUCCGCCACAGGGCAGUGAGGUGAGUGACCCUGACUGCGUACGCAAUGGAAAAUGUUUAGCAACAGAACAUUUUAAAUGUUCAGCAACAGAAAAUGAAGUCCAGUCAGGGUUUGUGUGCCUUUUUUUCUGUUUGGUGCCGAAUGAACAUGACCCUGGUGUAUGACCUCCAAGAGCUGCUGCUAUGACUAGUCUGUACCAAAACCAUGAUGUUGUCUUCUGACAGAUCUGUCUUGUCCUACAAACACAGAUUCAGUUUGAUAUGUUAGUCUAAAUGGAUUCAGGUCAUUUGCUGAGUUUUCUGUUAAAUAUUAAAUCGGUUUCCCUUAUGUCAUUUCAGGUUUAAUAUGUUUUAAUGGAAGAUUCAGUUAUUCCAGAGUAUUCAUUGGAUGCUGCAAGUUGAAUUUUGGACUCUCAUCACAUCAAGGAUAUUUGAAUGUUAUCAACCAGUCAAAGUGAACUCAAAGUGGAUUGAUGUGUGUGGUGAAGGACAUUGA